GACGACAUCUACAUGUAUGGGGGGAAGCUGGAGGCCGGUUCAGGCAACGUGACAGACGAGCUGUGGGUCUUUAACAUCCCUAGUCGUACUUGGUCCCUGAGGACCCCGAGCAGCCUGGUCCAGGGACAGCCCUACGCCGUGGAGGGACACUCCGCCCACCUGGCUGAACUGACCAAUGGGGACCUGGUGAUGGUGGUCAUCUUCGGAUACUCACCCGUCUACAGCUACAUCAGCAAAGUGCAGGAAUACAACAUCAGUAGGUCCAAGAAUGGAGAGAUGGAUGGAUGGAUGGAUGGAUGGAUGGAUGGAUGGAUGGGUGGGUGGGUGGGUGGAUGAAUCAAAUGAAUGAGUGAAUGAAGUCUGUCUAGCCACAUACUGUUUCCCUCCCUCCAUCUAUCCAUCUAUCCAUUCAUUGAUCUCUCUUGUCUGUCUUCUUAACCAAUUGAUUUGUCUCAGUCUGACGUUAAUCAAUCAGUCCACUAGCCCACUGAUGAGUCCACCCUCCAUUAGCCUGCUAUAUAUCUGAGGCAAGAUAAUCAGAUAAUUGGGUUAUUAAGUGGGGUUAACAGCCAUGAUGAAUAAUCCACAUGAAUGAAUUCAGAUUUACAUCCCAUAUACAGUGGGGAAAAAAAGUAUUUAGUCAGCCACCAAUUGUGCAAGUUCUCCCACUUAAAAAGAUGAUAGAGGCCUGUAAUUUUCAUCAUAGGUACACGUCAACUAUGACAGACAAAAUGAGGAAAAAAAAUCCAGAAAAUCACAUUGUAGGAUUUUUAAUGAAUUUAUUUGCAAAUUAUGGUGGAAAAUAAGUAUUUGGUCAAUAACAAAAGUUUCUCAAUACUUUGUUAUAUACUCUUUGUUGGCAAUAACACAGGUCAAAUGUUUUCUCUAAGUCUUCACAAGGUUUUCACACACUGUUGCUGGUAUUUUGGCCCAUUCCUCCAUGCAGAUCUCCUCUAGAGCAGUGAUGUUUUGGGGCUGUUGCUGUGCAACACGGACUUUCAACUCCCUCCAAAGAUUUUCUAUGGGGUUGAGAUCUGGAGACUGGCUAGGCCACUCCAGGACCUUGAAAUGCUUCUUACGAAGCCACUCCUUCGUUGCCCGGGCAGUGUGUUUGGGAUCAUUGUCAUGCUGAAAGACCCAGCCACGUUUCAUCUUCAAUGCCCUUGCUGAUGGAAGGAGGUUUUCACUCAAAAUCUCACGAUACAUGGCCCCAUUCAUUCUUUCCUUUACACGGAUCAGUCGUCCUGGUCCCUUUGCAGAAAAACAGCCCCAAAGCAUGAUGUUUCCACCCCCAUGCCUCACAGUAGGUAUGGUGUUCUUUGGAUGCAACUCAGCAUUCUUUGUCCUCCAAACACGACGAGUUGAGUUUUUACCAAAAAGUUCUAUUUUGGUUUCAUCUGACCAUAUGACAUUCUCCCAAUCCUCUUCUGGAUCAUCCAAAUGUACUGGACAUGUACUGGCUUAAGCAGGGGGACACGUCUGGCACUGCAGGAUUUGAGUCCCUGGCGACGUAGUGUGUUACUGAUGGUAGGCUUUGUUACUUUGGUCCCAGCUCUCUGCAGGUCAUUCACUAGGUCCCCCCGUGUGGUUCUGGGAUUUUUGCUCACCGUUCUUGUGAUCAUUUUGACCCCACGGGGUGAGAUCUUGCGUGGAGCCCCAGAUCGAGGGAGAUUAUCAGUGGUCUUGUAUGUCUUCCAUUUCCUAAUAAUUGCUCCCACAGUUGAUUUCUUCAAACCAAGCUGCUUACCUAUUGCAGAUUCAGUCUUCCCAGCCUGGUGCAGGUCUACAAUUUUGUUUCUGGUGUCCUUUGACAGCUCUUUGGUCUUGGCCAUAGUGGAGUUUGGAGUGUGACUGUUUGAGGUUGUGGACAGGUGUCUUUUAUACUGAUAACAAGUUCAAACAGGUGCCAUUAAUACAGGUAACGAGUGGAGGACAGAGGAGCCUCUUAAAGAAGAAGUUACAGGUCUGUGAGAGCCAGAAAUCUUGCUUGUUUGUAGGUGACCAAAUACUUAUUUUCCACCAUAAUUUGCAAAUAAAUUCAUUAAAAAUCCUACAAUGUGAUUUUCUGGAUUAUUUUUUCUCAAUUUGUCUGUCAUAGUUGACGUGUACCUAUGAUGAAAAUUACAGGCCUCUCUCAUAUUUUUAAGUGGGAUAACUUGCAUAAUUGGUGGCUGACUAAAUACUUUUUUUCCCCACUGUAUACCCGGUGACAGAUUUAGAGUGUUGCAAAAUAGGCAAAGAGACAGCAACACCCACAGAUGACCGCAGCAACGUUGGAUUCAUUUCAUGGUACUGAAAGAUGAAUACAUUGUUGUUGGGGUCAUCUUUGGGUGUUACUGUCACUCAUCUAUUUAUGGAAGGCUCAGGAUCUUUUAUGUGUACCCAGAUAACUAUCUUUUCCCAUUAAAUUAUUUUUUUGUAGCACCAUUACCUGCAUAGUACUCUGUAGCAGUCUUAUUCUUAUGAUGGCUAGUACACUUACUGUCUAUAAACAGACACUUAUACACUCCACAGUACCUUUAAGGUUAUCCUCUUUUUUUGUAAGAUUUGAUCUUUUAUAAACAAUACGAAACAUACACAUACAAAUGACAACAUCAUACAAACAUCAACUACAUCACACCUGCCCAGACCCAAUAGCACACACCCCCAUCUCCAGCGCCCGCAUCACUUUCCGCCACAUGACCUGAAACGGCACCAUUUUGUUUCUCUCCGUAGCCCACGCACUUUCAAUAUUUAAAUUACAAAUGUUUCCAUUGUGUUAUUGAUGGCGGAUUGAUUGAUUUCCAAGUUUUUAGUAUAUGUUUUUUAAAGACGAUCGAUAAGAAGAGAAUCGUCCAACCCAUCGGGUAUCUCACUACACCCCCCUAUGCCAUGUCUCGAAAUACGCAGACAGACGGAUUAAAAGUACGUUUACAUUGUAAUACUUCUGACAGCCAACAUUCUAACUCUGCCCACAACUUCUGGACUUCAUAGCAUUCCCAGAAAGCAUGGAUUAUUGAGUCAUUAUUAGUUUUACUCUUAAGACAUGGCCUCUGCCGUUGUGCUGUAGAAUUUGUGAAUUAAAAUUUAUAAAAAUGUGUCUAUACAUUAGUUUAUACUGGAUUAAGCGUACAUUUCCGUUAACUGUCAUUUCGUUAGUUAUGCUCCAACAUUCCCUCCAUCUUGGGCCAACAUCAGUUCUUUUUAAGUCUUGGUUCCAAUAGUUUAUAUUUUUUCUAAGAGAUUGUCAGUUGGAUAUGCUCUCUGCACGGUUUUGUAUAUCUUCCCUAUCAUAUGAACAUCCUUUUCUGACUCAAAUGAGGUUAUCCUCUUGACUGCAUUAGAGUCAAGGUCAUUUAACCAGAGCUAGUGACCACUGUGGAACACCUAGGUUUUCAUACCAGCAGAUGGCGCUAAGCUACAGUGUUUUGAGGAGUAACAAUCAGGCGAAUGCCUGCAUUAUAAAGCAUUUCAGCCUAUAGGAGACUCAAAGGCAGACAGAGGCAGGACAGCUCACUGCAGCCCAGUCCAGCCACAUUAAAGCCUGUGGAGAGAGCUUAAGAGGGAGGGAUAGAGAGGGGACAUCUACAGUGUUGGAGGCUGGUUCCCAACUCCAGUCCUCAAAUACCUCCAAUAGCACACAAAAAACACCUGAUUCAACUCUCUGGUCAUUAAGAGGAGGUGGCACCUUGGCAAGACCAUCUGGGAGAAGACGAUAAUUAAUGUGUCUGAGUUCUACUGGAAUCUCACUUUAUUACCUCCUUCUCUCCCUGCCCCUCAUCUCUCUCCCCUCCCCUCACCUCUCCCGCCCUCAUAUCUGUCUCCCCUAUCUCUUUCUCUCCAUCUCAAACUAGUCCCCCCCCCCCUCUCUCUAUCUCUCUGCAAGCAAAUAUUGUGAUAUUUCAUCAAAUUUAGAGAGUUGAGUGUCAUCAUUCAGAGUGUUGAGUCUACCUUUUAGGUGACUGACUGUAAGUGAAAGCAAGAAGGAAAUAGAUCAUAAAAAAGCUCAUCUGACAAACUGUAAGUAAACUAUUUGACCUUCCCCCAUUAUCUACUUUUCACUUUCUCUAUUUCCCUUCACUUGUGGGAGUUGGGAGGUCUGCUUCUCAGUGUAUCCACAUGCUCCGUGGCCUCCCCCUCUCUCCAUCCCUCCCUCCAUCUGUCACAAGGGGACUUGAAGUACAUGGUGGAGCAGCCCGCUGGCUUGGUCUGGCUACCAGAGUCAGCCUUUUACACACACUCUCAUUUGACAUACCCAGGCACGCACACUCACGAGCAUGGACACUUAUUUUCCAUACUGUAUGUCUCAAAGCUGAUCCAAUCAUGUUGGCCCACUCACACUAAGAUGCACUUCUCUUCUGCCUCUCUGUCACACAGGGACAAACUACUGGCAGGUCCCUGAGACCAACGGGGCCAUCGUCCAGGGUGGCUAUGGCCACAGCAGUGUGUAUGAUAGCUCAAGCAGGUGUGUGUACGUCCACGGGGGCUACAAGGCCCUGCCUGCCAACAAGUAUGGCCUGGUGGACGAGCUGUAUCGCUAUGAGGUGCAGACACGGACCUGGUGAGUGGUAUUAGGUUGGCAGAAAGUGUCUGUCUGUCUGUCUGCCUGCCUGCCUGCCUGCCUGCCUGCCUGCCUGCCUGCCUGCCUGCCUGCCUGCCUGUCUGUCUGUCUGUCUGUCUGUCUGUCUGUCUGUCUGUCUGUCUGUCUGUCUGUCUGUCUGUCUGUCUGUCUGUCUGUCUGUGUCUGCCUGCCUGUCUGUGUCUGCCUGCCUGCCUGCCUGUCUGCCAGGCUGUCUGUCUGUCUGCCUGCCUGCCUGCCUGCCUGCCUGUCUGUCUGUCUGUCUGUCUGUCUGCCUGCCUGCCUGUGUCUGUCUGUCUGCCUGUCUGUCUAUCUGUCUGUCUCUCUGUCUGUCUCUCUGUCUCUCUGUCUCUGUCUCUCUGUCUGUGUUUGUGCUUGUAUCAUCAGAUGCAUAUGCACUUGAGAGUUCACAAGCUGUGUCAAUUUACCAGUCCUGAGAAAACUGUGUGUAAAAUAAGCCUAUUUUCCCCAGUGCCCCAGUAGCAAAAUGCAUUUAUUUGCUAAAUGUACAGACAUUUGGCGUCUUACAUGAGGUAGAUGUUUAACACAGAGAUGCUUGUCUUGCCUGUGUUCAGACACUGUGUCUAGACACUCAGUGCUGGACAGCUGAAAUGCAGAUUUGACACAGCACACUAAUAUUUACAAUUUUGUCAUUUAGCAGACACUCUUAUCCAGAGCGACUUACAGUUAGUGAGUGCAUACAUUUUUCAUACUGGCCCCCCAUGGGAAUCGAACCCACAACCCUGGCGUUGCAAGCGCCAUGCUCUACCAACUGAGCUACAGGAGGCUCCUAAUAGUCAGCAUUGUGUUGUGAGGAGAUACACAUAUGUCCACGUACUUAGACACUCAGCGCCAAACACAUGACCAUACAGCGCAUACUGGAAAGAUACAGAAGGAUUAGCUAGAGAGAUUCACAGUGAAGCAGAGAUUGUAUAAAUAGGGUGAUAUGAAAGGAGGAGAGUGACCUCCACUGAACCUUGACAGAUGGGUGGGCGACAGAGGAACGUACACCCUUUCAAUCUCCCCCCUCUCUCUCACUGUUUCUCUGUCUAUCCAGACUGUGACAUAUCCCUUGGGUUUGACAGUGGCCAGUGUCUGUCUGCAUGGCCGGUGUCUGUCUGUCUGGCUGUUGUUCCUCAACAGGAGUUCUGUCUGUCUUUCAUGUCUGAUGUCAGUUGUAUAUUCACUGGUAACUUAUUGAGGUAGUUGAUGUGCCCUCUUGCCAAAGCUUGCUGACACAUAGCUCACAGUUUAUUGCAAUCCGUCCAUUUAUUUACAGUCGGUAGGUUGAGUGUACACUGAGGCUACUUAGGCAGAUGUCUUUGUGUGUUGGAAUGGGAUCGUCAAACCCUCUCAGAACUAUGAAGUCUGUAAAACCCUAGAUACUCUAUCUGUAUCUAUGGAUAGUACAGUUGGCGCUUAAGCAGACGGUGGGGACUGUGCACUUUGACCAUAGCAGAGGAGAGGAUGGGAGGUGGCAGAUUGGGCUCUGAAAUAUUCCUGUAGAGUUUUGUGUGUGUGUGUGUCCAUGGUGCCACAUGAUUGAUGAUGUCUGUCUGGAUAUUUGACCUGGCCUAUGGAGAGUGACCUUCAGACCAACUGUUCCCUUACAUAAGCCACGUGACCCAGACUGGAGUACACACUGCUGUAAUCAACACCCAGGGAUGGGCACACACGCACGCACACACACAUGCAUGCACGCACACACACUCUCAUAAAUGACACAUUAACACAUUAACAUGGUGACUGUGUAUGUGUGUGUGUGUGUUGACAGGAUGAUCCUGAGAGAGAGUGGUCUGGCGCGGUACCUCCACACUGCAGUGCUGAGCAAUGGUGCUCUGCUGGUGUUUGGAGGAAACACCCACAACGACACGUCACUCAGUAAUGGAGCCAAGUGCUUCUCGGCUGACUUCCUGGCCUACGACAUAGGUAAGGACCAAUCAUAUGCAUACAGACAAAUCAUAGGGAACAACCAUCCCCCUCCUCACCUGUUGUUGGUAUGAUGCAAUGUUUUGAAAAUACUAUAUUUGACACCUUUGUGCUGAAAAUAUAAGUUACCAGUUUCAACCUCCAGGCAUAUGAUACAGGUAUAAAUGUUACAUACUCAAUACAUAUACUAACAUAGUUAAGUAUAACCAACCCACACCCCCUACCAUACAAUACCACACAUACCCUCCAUCCAGACAUCAUACAUGUGAUGUUCAUUAUCACAAGCAUGCGACCACCCACCCACUCCCAUCAGGGUUGACCCCUGACCCCUAAAGCCACAGUUGUCAUUUGUCAUUUUCCAGUGUUAGCCGCCUCCCAGGCCUGGACCCACACAGAUCACACAGACACACAGUGAGUGUAACCAAAGAAGAACUGGCAGGUGACAUUCUGCAGCCUUAGGGAAAGUGUGUUCACUGACCUUUGACCUCAACAAACAACAGCAUUAGCCCUAGCCUGUUAUGAAAGUCAAGUGGAAGUGUAAAGCUAAGAUACCUUUCCAUAGUGGUGAAUGCACAGCCCUAAUUACCUGAGAUAGAAGAUCACAUUCUGUUGUAACAGUGACAGUAGACAUCCUUUAAAAAGUGGAACUAGCCCUCAACCAAAAGCUAGUCAUAACCACUCAAGAUUAGGGCUGUGGCGGUAAUUACAAUUUGUUAGCCAGUUAUUGUCAUGCAAAUGACUGCCGGACUCACGGUAAUUGGCCGUUAAUUAACAUAAACAUGUUUAGCAUCUCCAGGCCUCCACGCAUACAAGUCGCUGAUGCGCGCCUUUAGAACAUCUACAUUUUUUAAAAGUAUAAUAAAUCAAUUUAAUAAAUAACACAAUAAACCAUUAUUUAUUUUAGACCGGUCUAAAGAAACAUUAUAAUAUGAAGAAAAUCUAUUUAAGAAGAACCGAAUAUGAGUUGGCCUACUGUAUGUUAUCUGGCUAUGCGCCAUGCCAUAGGCUGUAGGCUAGUUCAUUUAGCAGACAAGAUGUCCUUAUGAGUCCUGUGCCAUUAUUUUAUAUUAUAUGAUUUAAUUGUAAGAAUAAUAUAAUUGAACUUAGCUGAAUAAAAUAGAAAGGAUAUUUUUCCCAUUUCUGAGCGAGUGCGGAUAUGAAGUGGCUAUGUUGAACGUAAAAGUGAUCGUUUGAAACAGGUCAUAUACACUUGAGUUAGAGUACUUUGGCAACUUUAGUUGUGAAUGAUACAAAGCUUAGAAUGUCUUAGAAAUCAAAACAUUAAUGGACUGCAUGAUGCGACUAUAGGUUAUUGACUAUUUGAAAAGGUUGCAAAAAGACCUCCCGAGUGGUGCAGCAGUCUGAGGCACUGCAUCGCAGUGUUGCGGCAUCACUACAGCCUGGGGUUCGAUCCCAGGCUGUGUCAUAACCGGCUGUGACCGGGAGUCCUAUAGGGCGGUGUACAAUUGGCCCAGCGUCGUCCAGGUUAGGACGAUGCUGGGCCAGCGACUCCUUGUGGUGGGCCGGGCGCCUGCAGGCUGACUUCGGUCGUCAGUUUGAACGGUGUUUCUUCCGACACAUUGGUGCGGCUGGCUUCUGGGUUAAGCGGGCUUGUGUUAAGAAGCGGGGCUUGGCGGGUCAUGUUUCGGAGGACGCAUGACUCGACCUUUGCCUCUCCCGAGCCCGUUGGGGAGUUGCAGCAAUGAGACAAGAUCAUAAUCACGAAAUUGGGGAGAAAAAAGGGGUAAAACAAGAGUGUGCAAAGCUGUCAUCAAGGCAAAGGGUGGCUACUUAGAAGAAUAUAAAAUAUAUUUUGAUUUUUUUAACGCUUUUUUGGUUACUGCAUGAUUCCAUAUGUGUUAUUUCAUAGUUUUGAUGUCUUCACUAUUAUUCUACAAUGUAAAAAAAUAAAAAAAUAAAGAAAAACCCUUGAAUGAGUAGGUGUGUCCAAACUUUUGAGUGGUAGUGUAUAUGCAUAUGGAUGUUCUACAUGCAACAUCCUAAAUGCUUUUAAUUAAUCAUCACCUUAGAAAGCGCUGUCCAUUUCGUUGUGUUUGGCUUUGAAACAACAUCCACAAUGACCAUGUUUUCCACUCAGUUUCAACCUGUUGUUGAACUUCUUUCUUCAAAAUUGAUCAUCACAGUGAGGUCAAAACAUUUUGCCUAACGGUGAGUUUUUAAAGCAUGAUACUGUUUUGAUGUUAAUUGUUUGAUGUGGCGGCAGGUAGCUUAGUGGUUAAGAGUGUUGUGCCAGUAACCGAAAGGUCACUGGUUCUAAUCCCCGAGCCGACUAGGUGAAAAAUCUGUCGAUGUGCCCUUGAGCAAGGCACUUAACCCUAAUUGCUCCUGUAAAUCGCUCUGGAUAAGAGCGUCUGCUAAAUGACAAAAAAACUAAAACAUCUGAGUUUCGAUUUCAUUUACAUUGAUGUCAGAGUGGUUACAGGGACAAAAGAGCGCUGAGUACCAGGCCAUUAGCGACCUGAUGUUCUUUAGCGAGUUGGGUACUACCAACGCAUGUCCAGAGUGCAUAAAAGGAGAUUACCGUGACUCAACGGUCACAUGGAAUUUCACUGCGGUCAUGACUCAUGACUGCUGGUGUGACGGUAAUACGGUCACUGCAACAGUCCUGCUCAUGAUCGACUCUUCAUUACCCCCUGGUCAGGUAAAGUUAUUUUGCCCUCCUCUUUGGAGUUAGUAAGCUAUCCUCUGCAAGAUAUAAAAGGGUGGUUUAGUACUAAAGGUUUAGAGGUGUGCGUGUGCAUGUGUGUGCAUGUGUGUGCCACCCUGUGUGUGUGUUUAGACUACCUGGGUUUUUACAUGAGAUCUCGUGAUGUGAGUUACAGCUCACCUUUCAGUGCUGACAGUAAUACAGUGGGGAUCAUUAACGCCCCAUAAAGAGCUGCAGAAUGGGAGCCGGCCAGAUGGCGUCUGCUCUUUUAUGAAUAUUUGUUUUGAAUAAAGUGGCUCUGCAGGGGCAUUACAGGACAUGCUGAGCACAGGGAGGGAGGCAAGCGAGGAAGAGAAGGAUGCAGGGAGAAAGGGAUGGAGGGAGAUGGAGAGGAGUAAGCUAAAGGAGGUGAGGACUGAGGGAGAUAAAACAGGAGUAAGGCUUUUUAGAUGGAAAUCGAGAAAGUGGUUUUACAAAGCCCCAGUAGUUGUUGCAUCCAUCAGAUUCUCAGUCACAUUUGAUGUCAAAUCAUAUCAGAUGCAACAAGAGUCCUACCCUAUCAAAACACAGUAAAUGUUUGUUUACAUGUUCCCAUAUCACAACUCAGCAGAGGUAUAGGGUCUCCCCUUACUAAACAAAUCAAAUAAUUUAUUCAUCAAUACUCCGUCCUCAAAUCUCUACAGCCAGCCCUUCCCUGACUCUGUUCACCAGCCACCCUUCACAAAUUUUACUGCACUGAGAGAGGAGGGGAGGGUUGAUGGAUAAAUUAAAAGAGAGAGAGAGUGAGACAAAAUAAAUAGCAAGAUUGGGACAAGAGAGAGAAAGAGGAGACAACAUUAAGUCAAUGAGUCAUUCAAGUACUAGAUGUGGUAAUACAUUCAAAUAAAGAAAAUACAUUAAAGAAUAACGUUUAUGUGCUAAUUAGAAGUUGUAGCCAAUCCAGAUAAGGACAAGAUGUUUGAAGAACGUUGAAGAACUUGACUAUAGCUUCCAAGCCUUCUCCUGCAGUCAUGGAGGGUCACUGCUCCACUCUCAUUCUUAUUCAUUUAAAUAGCCAGUCCAAUCACCCUGAGUAGGCCACUCCAAGGGAUAAAAAGUCCAAUGUCACUUUUAUAAUCCGAAAGCGACUGAUUGUUUUAUGUUCAAGGUGGUAGGCUAGACUGAUGCUUGGCUUGGGGAGUGUGGUCUAGACUCUUCACUCAAGCCCAGGCAAGACCAAUCUCUGUGAUUGAAGCGCCGUUAUACAGACCAGUGUUUGGCCAGACAUGGCCUCUUGGCGACCUGUCAUUCAUUAUAGUCCCUGAGGACUGGGUUGUCACUGGACAUUGUUGACUAAUUUCAUUAUAAAGCCAAAUUAACAAUCUCCAUUAUCAUCCUCUUAUAGAGAGAAAAGGUUUAUGGAAGGCAUUUUCCCUGUAUUGUUUUUACAAUAAUGGAACAAUUUGACAUUUUGGUUAUAAAUCAUGCCUGAACCUAGACCAAAACUUAGCUAUAGUGAAUGAUGCUUCUUACUCAAGUAAUGCUGAAAGACAUUGUAGCCUACUACAGUACAUAUGAGAUGUGUCAACAGCACUUCAAGUGCUAACAGGUUUCUCUAGUUGAAUGUGUUAAAAGUCUCAUUUAUUAGUUAAUGGACUGAUAUGACUUCCUCUCGUCUCCGCUCCUCUCUCUUUGAGCUAAUUAAUUAGUUCCACCUGUGGAAGAGGCCUCACUCUACCGCACCCUCUCUCCAUCGGCCCCGCCACGCACGCUGAGAGACGGUUUUAAGCGCUAAUUUGUUUUUGUUUUUCUCCGCUAACCUUGGAGGGGGAGCGCGUUAUUAGCUUUUUGUGUUUUUCUUCUACGAGAGAUUUAAUACAGGUCGACACAGAUGGCAGAUGCCCCCCCCCCCCUCAUUACCCCAUCUUCAUACUUCUAAUUAGAUUUGGGGGAAAUGAAAUCUAAUUAAAAAUGUUUUGUCCCCACACCCCCUGAAAGGCAACUGGCAGCGCCGUCUUCAACAAGAGUGACCUGUUUAUAUUGGAGCUCUAGACAGUGUCUCUCAAAGCGGCCCCCGAACACAAAAACACAUUUCAUUAAGUUUGCCAUUUGAAUGAGUAUGAUUUCCCCAUCACUCUCGACUGGUGCAGAUUUGGUCUGCUGAUUCUCCUGUCAUCUCCCUCUGUCUACCUGUACAUUAUUCAUGGUUCCUCUGCCAAUUUCCUGGGAGGAAAUGAAAUAGGGGGACCGUUGUGAUAAGUAUCAGGAAUUGUCAUUAUAGAGAGUCAUCUCUAUCUCCAGUACACCUCAGUUGGUUGGAAGACCCAUUGGGCUGUCUGUCAGUGCAUGUCUGGGGUAUGGAUUCACUCUAGCUCCAGGCGUCAGGAUAGGUAGUAGGCCUCCAAUUUAACUACUGGUGGUCUGUCACAAAUACUUAUUUUGGUCUGUCCCCUUAGCCACCGCAUCACCUAUGCACAUCUCUAUCUUAUGCGACUAUCAAAAAGUACUGUAGGUCUGAGUCUGACCAGCUGAGAGAGAGCAUUAGAAUGAUUGACAUAAAAACCUGAUCACACCAUGACCCUGUCAGAGAGCCCCUUGGUCUUUAGGAAGGGAUUAAAGCGCCUUCUGAUCUGGACUGGUGUUGUUGACUUGUCUUUUCCUUUAAACGCGGUCCCAAUUAGCCAAGCACUUGCGUGGUCGUUUGCAACCUGGCUGCACAUUUAACUCCCAAGCACAGUUUAUAUUGGACAACUCAUCUGGGUAAAUGGGACAUUUACAUAUUAAUGCAACAGUGGACUUGUGGGUUGUAAAGCGUCAGAAAGCUGUAAAAUGAAAUGCUAAAAUACACGAUCGUGAUUGCUCUUAGAACCAUUACUCUGUACCACAGACUAGAAUCCCCAACAGACAAGAUCAAUGGAUGAAUAAACUGGUUUAUGAAGUCAUAUUCAGAGGCGGCUACAUAAUAAACAAUUCAAAUACAUUAUGUUAAGAGGUUGGCGUUUAUACUCUCCGAGGAUCCCACUAACAGUGAGGAAACUGAACGUUGUACUCUCUCAAUGUAACAUUGAUUUGGCGCGUGAUAUUGACAAAGUGAAGAAAUCGACUUUGCCUACUAUCAUUUUCUCUCUGUUAUUAUUUGUUUGCUCUGAGCAGAUUGGUAGAUAAUCACUGACAGACAAAUUGUCUAGCUACAUUGUGGGCUGUGUUGUCAGAGCUGCUCCAGGUAGACUUGUUGUAGCCUACCCAUGGAUCAGUGCGGUUCCUGACCAUGGUCCUAGGAGAUUGGUAAUCAAACUACCAUUAAGGGCCUGUGUGCCCGCCACCACCACCACUACCCUAGAAUUGUCUAAUAGCAGCUGCAGUGGAUUCAACUUUAAUGAUGGUUAUUCAUGCAAUCGUAAAAGGCAUAUUUUCUAGCUGCAGUUAGUUGUUUAUGAUGGCCCUGUUUCUAGGGUAUGACCCCUAGUGCUCUGCUAUGCUGACACACAGUGUUAAUCACUGCUGGGCUUGACACACCCAGCCCUACAGCCAAGGGGACCAUGAUAUUCAUACAGGCCAAUCUCCACAGCCUCUGUCCACAGGAUUCUCAUAUAAUGUGUUAAUAAUGUAGAGUUGACACUUCCAUUGUAGAUUGUAUGUGUGUGCAACAGUGCAGAUGGGGUGUGUGUGUGUGUGUGUGUGUGCGUGUGUGUGCAUGUGUGUGUACGUGCGCCCGUGUGUGUGUGUGUGUGUGUGUACCCAGUCUCAGGUCUCACAGAUAUUCUGUCUCAGUGGCCCUGGAACCUCUUCUGUGUUUCAGUAUGUACAGUAGGGUGGUAUGGUACAGGCCUACUGAAAUGAAAUCCAGGCAAAAAGGAACACUGGUUUUCCCCUGUUGCUAAGUAAUGGACCUGGGUUAAUUGCCAAAUUAAAAAGUGUGAAGCAGAGAGAGACGGGCAAAUUGGGUGGGCUGUAGAGAACAAAUGCCAAGGAGCUCAGAUUACCUGGCUACAUAAUAUAAAGAUAAAGACCUUCAAUUCAAAACUCAAUCUGGGGUCCAGAGGGUUGCCUGUCACGGUUGCUUGGGUGAUAGUAUGAGUAUGAUAUGGAGGGAGAGUUGCAGUAAGUAGCCAGAACAGCUCAUAAGGCAGGAGCUCUCAUUUUGCUGUAGCAUGAGGCAGCUUGACGUACAAGUACACCCCCCUGGACAGGACGCUAGUCUAUCGUAGGGCCUUUCUAGUCUAUCGUAGGGCCACUCUUUCUCCUUAAUGCUGAGUGCCAAGCAGAGACGCAUCAGGACCCAUUUUUACAGUGUUUGGUAUGACUCACAACCUUCCAAUCUCAGGGCGGACACUCUAACCACAAGGACACUGAGUUGGUCUAGAGUCGCAGUGGAGGUGUCAUUUCUGGGUAUUGCGGUUGAGUGCUUGACCCUACACAAGAUGAUACAAGUUACAACGUUUCUACUGAAGCAAAAACUGAUCACUAUGUGCAUGUUUGUUCUUUUCAGCUUGUGAUGAAUGGAAAGUCCUGCCCAGGCCAGAUCUCCACCGUGUUGUCAACCGCUUUGGCCACACCUCCGUCAUCAGCAAUGGGUCAGUCACUCACAUUCAGUAUAUUGCCCCUCCGUUACUUGGUAUUCUCGCAGUUUCCUGACAUCAGUUUCCGCAGUGUUCCUGGUAAUGAUGUGUACUCUGAGUAUUUCCUGCGUUGUGUUCUCGGUAACACUUUAUUUGGAUAGUCCAUCUGUAGAUGCUCUACAGACUAUCAGUAACAUUUCAACUAUCUACUAACCCUGACCUUAACCCAUAUCCUAACCCUAUACGUAACCCUUACCCCAGCCCUAACUCUAACCUUAACCUUAACCCUUACCCUAAACCUUAUUUUUAGCCUAACGCUAACCCUAACCAUGACCUUAGCAAGCAGUUGCUUAUCAACAGAUUGUUUGUUGAUGGUAUGACCAUUUGCAGAGCAUCUACAGAUGGAUUAUCCAAAUAAAGUGUGAUCGUGUUCUCUCCCCAGGUCCAUGUAUGUGUUUGGAGGCUUCUCUGGUGUGCUGCUGAAUGACGUGCUGGUCUACACUCCUCCCAGCUGCCAGGCCUUCAGUGAGGAGCAGCGCUGUGCCAACGCUGGCCCUGGUAUCCGCUGUGUCUGGCUUAGGGACCACUGUGUCCCCUGGGACACCGGCCAUGCCAACGGCAGCGUGCCCGCUCCCUUCUGCCCCACACGCACCAGUAUGUGUUGCAUGAUAUUGCUCUGUAUUCACCAUAGGAUACGUGUGUUGACAUGUUUUUAUCUGUAUAUUUGUCAUGGGGGAGGGAUAAUUUCGACUUCCCUCUUUGGUAGUUAACUGACUAAUGGAUACAGUUGGGAAAAAAAGUAUUUAGUCAGCCACCAAUUGUGCAAGUUCUCCCACUUAAAAAGAUGAGAGAGGCCUGUAAUUUUCAUCAUAGGUACACGUCAACUAUGACAGACAAAAUGAGAAAAAAUUACAUUAUAGGAUUUUAAUGAAUUUAUUUGCAAAUUAUGGUGGAAAAUAAGUAUUUGGUCAAUAACAAAAGUUUCUCAAUACUUUGUUAUAUACCCUUUGUUGGCAAUGACACAGGUCAAACGUUUUCUGUAAGUCUUCACAAGGUUUUCACACACUGUUGCUGGUAUUUUGGCCCAUUCCUCCAUGCAGAUCUCCUCUAGAGCAGUGAUGUUUUGGGGCUGUCGCUGGGCAACACGGACUUUCAACUCCCUCCAAAGAUUUUCUAUGGGGUUGAGAUCUGGAGACUGGCUAGGCCACUCCAGGACCUUGAAAUGCUUCUUACGAAGCCACUCCUUCGUUGCCCGGGCAGUGUGUUUGGGAUCAUUGUCAUGCUGAAAGACCCAGCCACGUUUCAUCUUCAAUGCCCUUGCUGAUGGAAGGAGGUUUUCACUCAAAAUCUCACGAUACAUGGCCCCAUUCAUUCUUUCCUUUACACGGAUCAGUCGUCCUGGUCCCUUUGCAGAAAAACAGCCCCAAAGCAUGAUGUUUCCACCCCCAUGCUUCACAGUAGGUAUGGUGUUCUUUGGAUGCAACUCAGCAUUCUUUGUCCUCCAAACAUGACGAGUUGAGUUUUUACCAAAAAGUUAUAUUUUGGUUUCAUCUGACCAUAUGACAUUCUCCCAAUCCUCUUCUGGAUCAUCCAAAUGCACUCUAGCAAACUUCAGACGGGCCUGGACAUGUACUGGCUUAAGCAGGGGGACACGUCUGGCACUGCAGGAUUUGAGUCCCUGGCGGCGUAGUGUGUUACUGAUGGUAGGCUUUGUUACUUUGGUCCCAGCUCUCUGUAGGUCAUUCACUAGGUCCCCCCGUGUGGUUCUGGGAUUUUUGCUCACCGUUCUUGUGAUCAUUUUGACCCCAUGGGGUGAGAUCUUGCGUGGAGCCCCAGAUCGAGGGAGAUUAUCAGUGGUCUUGUAUGUCUUCCAUUUCCUAAUAAUUGCUCCCACAGUUGAUUUCUUCAAACCAAGCUGCUUACCUAUUGCAGAUUCAGUCUUCCCAGGCUGGUGCAGGUCUACAAUUUUGUUUCUGGUGUCCUUUGACAGCUCUUUGGUCUUGGCCAUAGUGGAGUUUGGAGUGUGACUGUUUGAGGUUGUGGACAGGUGUCUUUUAUACUGAUAACAAGUUCAAACAGGUGCCAUUAAUACAGGUAACGAGUGGAGGACAGAGGAGGUUCUUAAAGAAGAAGUUACAGGUCUAUGAGAGCCAGAAAUCUUGCUUGUUUGUAGGUGACCAAAUACUUAUUUUCCACCAUAAUUUGCAAAUAAAUUCCUUUAAAAUCCUACAAUGUGAUUUUCUGGAUUUUUUUUUCUCAAUUUGUCUGUCAUAGUUGACGUGUACCUAUGAUGCAAAUUACAGGCCUCUCUCAUCUUUUUAAGUGGGAGAACUUGCACAAUUGGUGGCUGACUAAAUACUUUUUUUCCCCACUGUACAUGUUCUAGUUGAGCUGUCCAUCAUGGAGCCAAUCUUUAUUUCACAUCAAACUCUCCUGUUCCUACCUGCCUCUUAUGCUGUGCUGUAUGAAUCAUCAUGCUUUUUGAGAGUAAUAAUAAUUCUGAUUUCUCAUAAGGCCUAUGUACAUAGUGGUGGGAACAAAAGGUCAGGACCAACAGAAUUAUCUCAUUCGGAGGCAAAUACAAUUAUGCAAAUACAAAUACACUCACACGGUUGCAGAAACACAUAUAUUUUGUUUGUAUAUGUGGGCAAACCCGAGGUUAAGAUCAUAAUCAUAAUUACAGGGUGGUUUUAGAGUGUUAUCGGAGGUGAAUUGGACCGGUGAUUAACUAAUGAAAUGACUCUAGUUGAUGACAGAUAAUCACACUGUUUAUCCUCUGUCCUUCUCAAAUCGUUCAGUCAGUCAUUUGACAGUGGCUGCUGGCAUGGAGGGUAUGAGUUGGAAUUGGCUCUACAGGGCAAAUAGAAAUGAUAGGCAUAUUGAACUAAACCCAUCUACCUUUCUGUUUUCCUACUGGUGUUGCAGGGGGCAUUUGCAUGUCAACCCUAUUUUAUUUGUUGAUUGAGUCACUUUGAUUGUGUCUCUUGACCUGCUGUUCUCUAGUAUUGUAUUCUCUCACUAUGUCUAGACUGAUAUUCUGUACACAGAAUCCUGGUAGAGAGGACAAUGUCUCUGCCCAGUCUCUGUUCUGCUACAGUUACCACUGAUCCUGAACUUGAUCUCUCUUUUUGACUGGGUUCUCUAACUCUGUUCCCUUAUAAAACUCUGUGUCGAGUGCUCCAUUGUUAAACUGUGUCCCCCCCCCCAGACAGUGCAGUCUAGACUAACUGUACUCUGUUGUUAAACUGUGUCAUCCCCCCUCCAGAUAGUGCAGACGAGAGGUGCUUCAGGUUCUCUGACUGUGUCAGCUGCACUGCCAACACCAACGGCUGCCAGUGGUGUGAAGACAAGAAGUGCAUCUCUGCCUCCAGCAACUGCACUGUGGUGAGUCUGCCUACAGGGGGUAGUAGUGAGACAGCACAAUCACAGCUGGGAUCUUAUUAGCUACAUUUGUCAAUUAAUUACGCAGCAUGAAUAGUCAGGCAGCUUUAAGCUUGCCUUCUCUUGAGUCACUACUUAACUCUAGUUGUUGUAGUGUACUAAGUCGCUAUUAUCGCACCUGCUUGGCUAACUGUGUCAGUUAGCCUAAUGCUUGCCCCUGCUGUCUCCUCUGUGUGUGUCUAUAGCUGACCCUAGAGCUAGCGCAGCAGCAUAGAGGUCCUCUGUCCCUGGCCCCUCCCCCGUCCAUGCUCUCUGAACAACAGCUCUCUGUGUGGAAGCAAGGGGCCAAGAGUAUGGGACACGUGGGUAUUCCAUACUAUUGCAGGGGCUUUUCCUUUAAUGCCAAACCAUACUUUUCUGUUCUGCCAAUGCACACAUUUCAGAUUUACAUGACCCCAAUACUAUGAAGUAAAUUCACCAUAAUAAUAACUAUGUUGAUGUUUGUUGGUUGUACUCUUUCUUCGCAGUCUGUGAAGAACUUCAUCAAAUGCCAUGUGAGAAAUGAACAUAUCUGCAGUAAGCUGGUUAACUGUAAGAGCUGCUCCCUCAACCUCAACUGUCAAUGGGAGCUCCAGCAACAGGAGUGCCAUGCCAUCCCUGGUGAGAACUUCCAAAAACUCAAAACAAGCAAGAACUCUGCUUGGCUGACUACCUGUUUGACAGCUACAAGCAAGUUUGAAUGCUUGGAGAACUUAUGCUAAUGUUUGAUUCAUUAUUAACACUCUUGUAGCGUUUCCCCAGGGAAAACAUGUUUUUCCCCUGUCUCUGAAGUGGAUUUAUUGCUCUCAUUUUUCAAAGCUCCAGAAGGAGUUCAAGACAAAAACACUCACAAACAAACACAUACCCAGACACACACGCACGUCUACACACCUCCAAAUACAGUACAUCCACAAAUUUACAUUUUUGUCAUUUAGCAGACGCUCUUAUCCAGAGCGACUUACAGUUAGUGAGUGCAUACAUUCUUUUUAUUUUUUCAUACUGGCCCCCCGUGGGAAUCAAACCCACAACCCUGGCGUUGCAAGCGCCAUGCUCUACCAACUGAGCUACACAGGGCCCAAAUACACUCUCCUCUCCUGCGUGGGGACGGGAUGUAGGCCAAUUAUAAUUGUUUACUUGAUGAUAUGAAAAUGGAGCCUCAGCUGAUUCACAAAUGAGAGCCCAGUAACUACAGUGCCUUCAGAAAGUAUACAUACCCCUUGACUUUUUCCACAUUUUGUUGUGUUACAAGUUGGGAUUAAAAUUGAUUUAAUUGUAAUUUUUUGUCAACGAUCUACACAAAAUACUCUAAUGUCAAAGUGGAAGAAAUAUUAUAAUAUUUGUUAAAAAAAAAAAAGGAGAAAAAAAAGGAAAGAAAACGAUUAUAUCUUGAUUACAUAUGUAUUCAACCCCUUGAGUCAAUACAUGUUAGAAUCACAUUUGGCAGUGAUUACAGCUCUGAGUCUUUCUGGGUAAGUCUCUAAGAUCUUUGCACACCUGGAUUGUACAAUAUUUGCACAUUAUUCUUUUAAAAAUGUUUUCAAGCUCUGUCAAGUUGGUUGUUUAUUAUUGCUAGACAGACAUUUUCAAUCUUGCCAUAGAUUUUCAAGCCGAUUUAAGUCAAAACUGUAACUAGGUCACUCAGGAAUGUUCAAUGUCGUCUUGGUAAGCGACUUGGAAAGGUUAUUGUCCUGCUGAAUGGUGAAUUUGUCUCCCAGUGUAUAUUGGAAAGCAGACAUAACCAGGUUUUCUUCUACGGUUUUGCCUUUGCUUAGGUCUAUUCGGUUUCUUUUUAUUCUUAAAAACUCCCUAGUCCUUGCCGAUGACAAGCAUACCCAUAACAUGAUGCAGCCAGCACAAUGCUUGAAAAUAUGAAGAGUGGUAGUCAGUGAUGUAUUGUGUUGGAUUUGCCCCAAACAUAACGCUUUGUAUUCAGGACAUAAAGUUCAUUUCUUUGCUACAUUUUUUGCAGUUUUACUUUAGUGCCUUAUUGCAAACAGGAUGCAUGGGGGGAAACUAACUCUAGAUACCUCAAAAUGACUAAAACCAAAUCGAAACUGUGUAGAAAUGAUAAUGGACCUAUAUUCAUACAGCUUCUUGAUUGUCCAGCUCGCUAAUAAUCACUGUGCACAGUCAAUAGACCUAUAUUCAUACAGCUUCUUGACUGUCCAGCUCGCUAAUAAUCACUAGACAGUCAGGGAGCAUCGGAAAUUUUAAAAACCAUGGAUCGAGGACUAUUUCUUUCUUCCAAUUUUGACGGCAAGGAAAUAUAACACAUUUUCAGUGCGGCCCUCAAGACCGAAUGUGGCUCCUGGGGCAAAAUAAGUUUGACACCCCAGUUCUAAAGACUGUAACUCUAGCCAUGUGUUUGUUAGUGUUCAUGUCAGUACUGCUCUCUGGUUGGACAUCUUUUCAACAGCCUUUUAUGGUUGAAAAAAGGGUUUAUUUCUUAGUCUGAUGAAAAUAAUGUGAUGGUGGUAACCAUUAUCCAACUAUGAUUGUAAUCAGCGCAAGUCUCCAAAAUAAGCAGAGACAUUCCUGAGAUGAAACCGGAGUUGUUUCUCCUUUAAUCUCUGCAAAUUGUUGCUUAUUAACGAAGGUCUCGUCCCUCAUCCAUUUCUCCCACUGUUUGAUGUGUCUGUCAGUCAGAGCACAACUGUAUACUUGUGCUUGACAAACACAUACUUGUGUAUUCAAUCAGGGUGGUCGAUGCAAGCCUCUUUGAAGCAUAAUCCAUCAUUCUCAAUCUACAUCUCAACUGAUUGACUGACUGUUCUUAAAUUCACACCAUGAGGUCAGGGCUGGUCCUAGCUUUUUGGAGGCCGUAAGUGAGAUUUGGUUUGGUGGCCCUCCACCUCACGGUCAAAACAUUUUAGUGGUCCCCCUCUUGAUGGUGGAGAGAAAAAAACAAUUCUACACAUUUUGUCAUGGGGUGUAGAGAAAAUGUUGUGGUUUUAAAGCACAUUUUCUGCAAUUCUACUAAUUUUUCCAUUGGGCAAAGAGAAAAAUAUGUGCAGUUUUAAAGAGAAUUUCCUGCAAUUCUACACAUUUUGCAAUGAAUUAUGCCAUGUUCAUAUGAUAUCUGAGUGAGAGUGACUAACACAAUCAACGGGGGUCCCCUGAGAAAAACUGCUGAUGCACUACCACAUUUCUUGUUAGUUAGAAUGUGUAUUCUACUAUUCUAACUCUCAACAGUAAGUUGAGACCCCGACUGAGUUCCUAAAAAUAAAAACAAUUAUAAGAUAUUGGUCAAUCAACUUUGCUUUUACAUUAGUGAUAUACUAGCUUAAUUAAUGUGUGUGUAGUGAGAUGUAUAUCAAAUGUAGUUGAGAUCCUUGAGGGGUAUUGAGUCCUCCAGUUGUGUGAAGUCUGUGCACCAUCCAAUUGUGUGGCCCAACACAGUCAGAAGCCUGGGUCUAAAUUACUGCUCUCUCCCUGUCUACAGCUCAGCUCUGUGGGGAAGGCUGGCACCACGUUGGGGAGGCUUGCCUCAGGAUCAACUCCAGCAGGGAGAGCUAUGACAACGCCCAGCACUACUGUAAGAACCUGGAAGGGAACAUAGCCUCCCUCACCACCGCCAAGCAGGUGGACUUUGUACUGGACGAGUUGCAGAAGUACCAGCUACAAGAGAAGGUAAGGGAAACGCCUGUUUAAAAUAGUGUGUUGUUUUAAACAUAGUACUUUAUCAAGGACUAUCAUGUGGAAUGUACUUUUCCAAGUCGAAGGCCUGCGGAACGGCCAUGACAGACCUCAUGAAACUUACCCCAUGAUAAUGUGAAACCGAACAUGUUGAACACAUGUUGAAGUCUUAGCUUAUUUACUGAUGAAUCAGCCCACGUGAUCCAAUGUUUACAUAUCAAUCUAAACUAGAUUUCCCUGAUCCCAACCAAACUUGUAUUUGUUUUCUCAAGAGUCAUACUCCCUGUUUAUAUCCCCACCACACAUGUUGACUUUUCCAGUGAUUGCGCUGUCAGGAGGAUAUGCAGGAGCAAAUAUUUGACUGGUGUUUGACUGGUGCUAUUGAUUAAAGAAUAGAGCAAGAGGACCUCUUGCUAUGAUUUUUGGGGUGGAGUGUUUAAGCAGCUUCUGUCUGCUCUUUGAAUAUUAACACUAUUCUUAAUAACAAAGCUCACCUUCGUUGUUUUAGGAUGCAGAGGAAAUAGUUUUCCCUCCUCUUUUCUGACAGUUAUUUGGAAGGAGCUGAUGCUCUCCAUGGCCUGUAAUAGGAAUUUUGAAUUAAAGUACAUUUUAGCGUACUGCAACACGUUUUUCAGGAUUUGACUCACGGCAAUCUCCUUCGAUUACUCAAAUGUUAUGCCCUCAUACAUUUUUACUGUGUGAUAGAUCAUAGCCGGUGUUAGCUGGCUAAUUAACAAUUUAUUACAGGUAAAACUUUUGAGACAUUAUUGCCCAUUUAAGAAAUAACUCAAACUCACAGACAUUUUUAAAAGUCAAAAUAAAUACCUUAGUUUAAUGACUCUGGCCUGUCUUGGUUUUAUGGGUUGGUGUUGGCUGUAAGUCUGAGGUCGGGAACUUUCACUGUAAUUAUAGCAAUUUUCCCAACGGUUUGAUUUAAGAUUUCACAUAAACAUGGCACGAAUCAAAUAUGUAUGAUUUAUGUUGAGAAAUUAAUAACAUGUUUUCAUACUCUGACUGGCCCUCAACAUACUAUGGAGAAUAGAGAGAAUUCUUAGCUUAGAUUUCAGGCUCUCCAUCCUGAACCUUCCUCUCUCCCUUUUCUCUCUGUCUCUCAUAUUCUUCCUUCUUUCACCUUUCUCUUCCCCUCUUUCUCCAUCCCUUUUCUCCUCCCUCUCUCUCCUACCUCUUUCUCUCCCCUCUCUGUCCUGUAGAAGUUAGCUCCGUGGGUGGGUCUAAGGAAGAUCAACAUCUCGUACUGGGGCUGGGAGGACAUGUCUCCCUUCACCAACUCCUCCCUGCAGUGGCUGCCCGGGGAGCCCAGCGACUCAGGCUUCUGUGCCUACCUGGAGAAGGUAGAGGUGGCAGGGCUCAAGGCCAAUCCCUGCACCGCCACCACUGAUGGACUCAUCUGUGAAAAACCAGUCGGUGAGAGAGGGACUGGGAGAAAGAGGGAGAGGGAGGGAAAAAGGGAGGGGAAAAGGGAGGGAGGGAAAGGGAAGGAGAGCUGA